CCGACCGGUUCAACUGCAGGUAGCGAACAAAAUGAUCCCCUUCAAUCGGCCGGCCGCGCCGGAAUCUGCCGUUCCGUUCUCGCUCGCGGCCGACCCAUCCGGUCCAGCGGGCCUUGUCCUCUCCACCAACCAUGGGGCCCCGCUCCAAGCCAUCCCGACGCGGCGCUCGCCGGGCCGGCUCCCCGCCAGCCGCGUCCACAUCCACACCGCGGCGCGCGGCAGCUGUUCGACGGAAUGCCAGCCGCGCCGUGAGACGCCAUCUCUUCUCCUGGACCGCGCGCGCGCGCACGCUGCUAACCACGAUUAUGCCGCGUGCGUGCUCCCAUGCGUGCGCCUCUUCUUCCACGGCAUUGCCCCGGCGGCCGCGAUGCAAUGCUGUUCCCAAGGGAGGUGCGUGUACAAAUGGAAGGAAGAAAGCCCACCAAGUUUCAGAGUUAGCUGCAGCGCAUGCCCAGCCUCAUCAGUUUCUUGCUACCAGUCCUAACAAAACCAAGAAUUUUUCGGUAGAAGCUAGUGAGGAGCAGCAAGGGUGUCAUUUCAUGAGUGAAAGGAAAACCUGGCCGCCAAUCUACAUAUGCAUUCUCUCUGGUGAGAUUUCGAAGCUCUUUCGGAAAUAUUGAAACAAUGC